CCAGCCCCUCCCUCUCUGUUUCAGCCUCCGCGGCGUCCCGGCCUCGGCACGGUGGGGAAACCCAUCCGGCUCCUUGCCAACCACUUCCAGGUGCAGAUUCCCAAGAUUGAUGUCUAUCACUAUGAUAUCGACAUCAAGCCUGAGAAACGGCCUCGGAGGGUCAACAGGGAGGUGGUGGACACAAUGGUGCGGCACUUCAAGAUGCAGAUCUUUGGAGACCGGCAGCCUGGAUACGAUGGGAAGAGGAACAUGUACACAGCACAUCCACUGCCAAUAGGAAGAGACAGGGUGGAUCUGGAGGUGACCCUGCCCGGCGAGGGGAAAGAUCAGACGUUCAAGGUGUCCCUGCAGUGGGUGUCCGUGGUCAGUCUCCAGAUGCUGCUGGAUGCGUUGUCGGGCCACCUCAACGAGGUCCCCGAGGACUCUGUUCAGGCUCUGGAUGUCAUCACGCGGCAUCUGCCUUCCAUGAGGUACACUCCAGUUGGGCGUUCGUUUUUCUCCCCUCCGGAGGGUUAUUACCAUCCUCUUGGUGGGGGCAGGGAGGUGUGGUUUGGUUUCCAUCAGUCCGUCCGUCCUGCCAUGUGGAACAUGAUGCUCAACAUCGAUGUGUCAGCCACUGCUUUCUACCGUGCUCAGCCUGUCAUAGAGUUCAUGUGCGAGGUGCUGGAUAUACAGAACAUCAACGAACAGACCAAACCACUGACAGACUCGCAGCGCGUCAAAUUCACCAAGGAAAUUAGAGGUUUGAAAGUUGAGGUCACACAUUGUGGUCAGAUGAAGAGGAAGUAUCGAGUGUGCAAUGUCACACGCAGACCUGCCAGCCACCAAACGUUCCCCUUACAGCUUGAGAACGGCCAAGCCAUGGAGUGCACAGUAGCUCAGUAUUUCAAGCAGAAGUACAAUCUUCAGCUCAAGUAUCCACAUUUACCCUGUCUGCAAGUCGGGCAAGAACAGAAGCACACCUAUCUCCCCCUGGAGGUCUGCAACAUCGUAGCAGGCCAGCGCUGUAUCAAGAAACUCACAGACAACCAGACAUCCACCAUGAUUAAAGCUACAGCUCGCUCAGCCCCCGACAGACAGGAAGAGAUCAGCAGACUGGUCAAAAGCAACAGCAUGGUCGGGGGCCCGGACCCUUACCUGAAAGAAUUUGGCAUUGUCGUGCACAAUGACAUGACAGAAGUAACAGGGCGUGUUCUCCCAGCGCCCAUGCUACAGUAUGGGGGCCGAGUGAGUACAGACACAGGACGGGACUGCGGCAGGGGACUCUCUCCACAGAACAAAACCGUGGCCACGCCCAACCAGGGCGUGUGGGACAUGAGGGGGAAGCAGUUCUACGCCGGCAUCGAGAUCAAGGUGUGGGCUGUGGCCUGCUUCGCCCCUCAGAAACAGUGUCGGGAGGACCUGCUCAAGAGCUUCACUGACCAGCUUCGGAAGAUCUCAAAGGAUGCUGGGAUGCCCAUUCAAGGCCAGCCAUGUUUCUGUAAAUACGCCCAAGGAGCUGACAGCGUGGAGCCCAUGUUCAAACACCUCAAAAUGUCUUACGUUGGUCUGCAGCUGAUUGUGGUCAUUCUGCCUGGCAAAACCCCCGUCUAUGCUGAGGUCAAGCGCGUGGGAGACACCCUCCUCGGCAUGGCCACCCAGUGCGUCCAGGUGAAGAACGUAGUGAAGACGUCCCCCCAGACCCUCUCCAACCUCUGCCUCAAAAUCAACGCCAAGCUGGGAGGCAUCAACAACGUCCUGGUGCCUCAUCAGAGGCCCUCUGUGUUCCAGCAGCCCGUCAUCUUCCUCGGUGCCGACGUGACACAUCCUCCAGCCGGCGAUGGGAAGAAGCCGUCCAUCGCAGCAGUGGUGGGCAGCAUGGACGGACACCCCAGCAGAUACUGUGCGACGGUGCGAGUCCAGACGUCUCGACAGGACAUAUCCCAAGUAACAACGGAGCAGCUCUUCAGUCAGGAGGUAAUUCAAGAUUUGACCAACAUGGUGCGUGAGCUGCUCAUCCAGUUCUACAAGUCCACGCGCUUCAAGCCCACACGCAUCAUCUAUUACCGUGGCGGCGUGUCUGAGGGACAGAUGAAACAGGUGGCGUGGCCAGAGCUGAUAGCCAUCCGUAAGGCCUGCAUCAGUCUGGAGGAGGAUUAUCGGCCGGGCAUUACCUACAUCGUGGUCCAGAAACGUCACCACACUCGUCUCUUCUGCUCCGACAAAGCCGAGAGGGUUGGGAAGAGCGGUAAUGUCCCGGCCGGCACCACAGUGGACAGUACCAUCACGCACCCGUCCGAGUUUGACUUCUACCUGUGCAGCCACGCUGGGAUUCAGGGAACCAGUCGUCCCUCCCACUACCACGUCCUGUGGGAUGACAACUGUUUCACGGCCGACGAGCUGCAGCUCCUCACCUACCAGCUGUGCCACACUUACGUCCGCUGCACCCGCUCAGUCUCCAUCCCAGCACCGGCCUACUACGCCAGGCUGGUGGCUUUUCGAGCUCGCUACCACCUGGUGGACAAAGACCAUGACAGCGCCGAAGGCAGCCACGUGUCGGGCCAGAGUAACGGCCGAGACCCCCAGGCACUGGCCAAGGCUGUUCAGAUCCACUAUGACACCCAGCACACCAUGUACUUCGCCUGAGCUAUCGAGCACGUCAGCCAGUCCACCCGCAGAUUCCCCCUUUUUCUCCUCUCUUUAUAUCUCUUAUUUGCCAGUCUCUCUCUUCCUUUCCCAUCUCUCUCUCUCUCUCCAUGUAAUCCGUCUCCCUAUCUUCAUAGUCACUCUACAUUUUUUCUGAAUCUGCACCAAAGCGACUCUUGGACGGGAGAAUCUGCUGCGUCUCAACGUCGCAGCGGUUUCUGUUUCACGGAACAAUCUCCAACCAGCGUUCCCAAACCGAGUCGCCUUACUAACCAGCAAUCCAGCACUGUGAACCCCCCCCCCCGAGAGAGGCUUCACAGUGCACGAAAGGAAAAAAAACAAAAAAAACAAGAAAAAACAAAAACAAACCAUCCACACCUACAAGUUGAGCCAUUAUUUCUUUUUGUUUGUUUUUGUUUUUUCUAUUUGAAUGUCUGCACUCUUGCGUUUGUAAGAUACACUGAGCGGGGGAGUGGACUGGCACCAUCUGUGUCAGCGCAGCUCUUCAGCUCUCCCAGCUAAGCAGGACUCUUAUCUACUUUUACCUCAAAGCCCCUUUGGGCAAAAUCUGUCACAAGGUCUUGGGUUUAUUGGGUCGUGGGGAGGGACAUGAAAAGAGAUGGAGGGGAGUCGACCUUUUGAGAAUGAUAUAUAUAUAUACACAUAUAUAUAUUUUUCCUUUUUAUGAGCGUGUGUUUUAACUUUUUCUCCUCAACGGUCUUUUACAAGCGAGGUGACCAGGGUGUCCAUGCCCAUUAUUACUUUCCUCCCAUCUUGGCAAAGAAUACGCAAAGGUGUGUGUUUGUGUGUGUACCUGUCUGUGUGUGUGUGUGUGUGCGUGUGUGUGCGCAUCUCUGUAUAUAUACAUGUACUGCUGUAUGAGAGAGUGUUUGUGUGUGCAUGUGUUUCAUGGCAGGCCACUGAAUUGUAAAGGGAAAUCAAGGAGAUAACUGCUGUAAAUGCCUCAGAUUUGUUGUUUUUAUAUUCACACAUACAGUACAAAUAAGCAUAUAUUUACAUCUCUAGAGAAACUUUGAGACAUAUGACGUAAACUGGCUCAGCAGAGGCUGGUGGUGGGUAUUUCUAUCAAGACCUGCGUCACUUCUUAAUUUGAAAUGUUUUGAGUUACUGAACAUGCGUGCGUGUGUUUUCGCCUGCUGCUGAUGAUGCACAGACGAGUCGCAUCUUUGGGCGCCGGCUUCUCCUUUUGUGCCUCGAAACAUCAUUGAGUCCCAGAUCAAAACUACGUAGCUUAAUCCAUUUCGAGCAGGAAGUGAAGGCAGGUGUGACGUGUAGCAGGAGUAACUGUGGGUCUGGCCUGUGACCGGGCCGAAAGCAUUAGACACAGUGAGUGUGGUUUUUAUCAGCCUUGCUUUCUGUAUGAAGAGCAGGAUCUUACUUUUCCUUGGACCUGAUUACCUGAAAGAUUAUAUGAUGACAUUGCUGGACGUUGCUUUUCUUCUUUUUUUUUUUUUCUAAUAGUAGUUUUAAGGGCCGGAAACCAACAUUUAUUAUUAUUUUUUUCGAGGUCUCCUUUGCUAAUACUGGCCAACUCAUUGCACUGACCCGGGACGCUAGGCAAGCAACAGAGGGCACUCUCAAUCUCUCUUACCUUUAUGCAUUUAUACAUAUGAAUCAACAAAGCAGAUUUGUAAAAGUUUAAUAUAAGAUGUUUUGUGGUUAUCUUAAAAAAAACUGUUUAGAAUUAGUAGUUUACCAUUGAUGUUGUUGUUGUUAUCGUUGUUGUCAAUGUUGUUACUAUUGUGAUGAAAUUUUAAGGAUGGCAGCAAAGCCAGUUAUAUAGUUACUAGAGCGACUUCAGGAAUAGACUUCGGUUGUCGGGCUGCAGGUUUUAAGGAGUAGAGCUUUGGGUUGGAAUUUUUUUUUUUUCUUUUAAGCAUUCUGGCUAAUGGUGAGAAGACGUAGGCCCCAGGACGGAUGAAAUCCAGCUUCCUCUGUAGAUUCUGACGCGAGUAACAGUUAGCGGCAGAUUCAAGGUAUUUUAAGUGUAGCACUCCAACAGGUUAAAGAGAUCUGCCGCCUCGUGCAUCACCCGGCUGGUAACGGUUGGUUUUUGAUCCGAUGGAUGGAGACAAUCGGGGAUCGUGUGGGGAUUUGUUUAAAAGCGGUUUGUGAUAGGCAAUGAGUUGAAUUUGUAGGCUUUUUAAAAAAAAAAAAAA